GCCCGAGGUAUCACAUCGCGACCAAACCCUAACCCUAAUUUAAACCCAAAUCUAACCGAACCCUUCUCCGUGCCGGAUCGAUCCAUUCGCUUCAAGAGAGAAGAAAAAUAGGAGAUGCCGAGCGCGGAAGAAGCAGAGCAGGAGCGCGCUGUCUUCGAGGACGAGGAGGACACCGACGACGACGACGACAGCGACGACAGCGAAGAUGAGGACGACGACGGUGGUGAUGGCCAGGCCUCCCAGGCGACUUUGCCGCCGCCUCCGCCGCUGCAGCCUCAGGCAUCACCUGCGGCUGGCCAUCCGAAUUUUGCCGCCUCCUCCCAUCACGCUGCAGACCCUAACUCUGACCCCAAAGCCAACCCCAACCUAACCCACGCCGCUACCGUGGCUUCCGCCACCACCAGCACCGCUACCGCCGCUCCUCAGAAUGGUGCGAUCUCGGUCCAAGUACUAUCCGUCUCUGCCGCCGCCUCUGCCCCCUCCUCCGACGCUGCCCUAUUCAUUCCCUCCUCUUCCUCCGUCCCUGUCCUGGUCUCCGCGGCCUCCGCUUCCGAGGAUAGAAGGUCCCUUGCCGUCGUCGCGUUCGAUGAUUCCCGCCGGCUCUUCCAGCGGCUUUGGACCGACGAAGAAGAGAUCAAGAUUCUGCAGGGAUUCUUCGAGUUCACAUCCAGGCGCGGCACCACCUUUGCCUCACACCAGUACGACACCGGCCCCUUCUACGAGGAGAUCAAGAAGCAGCUCCAAUUUGAGUUCACGAAGAACCAGCUCAUCGAGAAACUGCGCCGGCUGAAGAAGAAGUACCGGAAUUGCGUCAGUCGAAUGCGGUCCAUGGGGAAAGACUUCGCCUUUAAGAGCGCCCACGAGCGGGCCAUCUAUGACAUCGCUCGGAACAUCUGGAGCGCGAGCGUGAAGAGGGCCCAUGAGAGCGACGAUGAGGACUUGAAUACCCCCAACAACACCAUCCCCAACGAGGUCAUCACAGUUCCCAUCAACGAGGGUUCUCUGAGUUCUAAUAGAAGGAUCUCAAGAUCGAGAAGGCGCUUGAAUAGGAGACUCGCGGAAGAGGCAGCUGCAGCAGCACCAGUUGGAGGAGUCGGAACAGAGAAUUCCACUCCUAUGAUGCAAACGCCUUUAGCUUCAGCAUCUGGGAUGCCAAGCAUCAUCGAGGAGACUGUGAAGAGCUGCCUCUCACCUUUGUUUAAGGAGCUGAUAAAUUCUGCUAUUGGAGGGCCUCUUGGUCCAGGACCCAGUGGUGGGACAUCACCAUUCAGCCUGCUGCCCCUGAGCCUUGGGGAUAGUUCUUUGGGGGCCCCAGGGACACCUGUGGAUGACAAAUGGAGAAAGCAGCAGAUUCUGGAAAUGGAGGUUUACUUGAAACGGAUAGAUCUUGUAAGGGACCACAUCAAGGCGACCUUGGAGGAACUCAAGUCUUCAGGGAACUGAUUAGAGGUUCUGCCAGAAAGCUUGCAACUCUUAGUGCUGGAUCCUGUGCUUUGAUUUGUGAUUCUUGUUUCCUUGGACAGUGUUAGCUAUACUGGACUUCAAUGGACUAUGUUUUCGGCUUCUUAUAGUCCCUAAUUAGUCUUAGUUAACUUUGAUCAUUUCCAUCUUUUGAUCUUUGUUUUUUGAGAGGAAAAAUAGGAGAAAAGAAAGUGGGCAGCUUGAUAUGGAAACAACUCUGCUUUCAGGGGAAAUGGUGUCGGUUAAUGUAGAAGUUUAAAGUACAAGAUACAAUGAGUUCUUUUUUUAAGAACCGCACAAAUUCAGGUAACACAUCAAGUUUUUGAGUUGGAACAGUAAAUGUCUUCAUUAACAACCUUACAAAAUUGCAUGAAAUUCUUUUCAAGAGGGUCAAUAGGUAUCAAGUUGUGUUUGUGGAGUUCCAGAUGUUUGAUCUCUUGUAGAAAGUGCUCCAUUAUUGAAGUGAUGUCAGCAGCAGACAGCCAUAGAGAAUAUUGCCAGUAUGCAACUUUGAGUCAUAUGUUUGUUUUCCUUCAAAUUACAUGAUUGGCUAAUAGCAAAUUUUCAAUGGUCUCAGUUUGGUUUUUGAACUGAACAAUAUUGCGAUGAAAAGCAAAUGUUUUGGAAUUCUUUUGCUGUUUCGCUUGGAGAUAUGUAUAGCUUAGCUGAUCAGCAAUGCACAAAACAAGGGCACAAGUUUGUAAAUAUUGCAGCAGGUGUGAAGGAGCUGCUCUUUGGAAAUGUACUUUUGAAUUUUCUGUGGAG